AUGGAGGACGCCGGAGAAGAUUUGGGGAACACAACCAUCUUCAACAAUGCCACUUGUGAAGAGAAAAUAGAAGUGGAGGAUUUUCUACCUCAUUCCCUUGUACCAUCAGCCAUCAUCAUUAUAAUCCUGGCCUGUCUUGAAAAGAGAGUAAGAAGAUGUUGUUUAGAUGAAAAAUUGCCCUGCCUCAGUGGAUGUUUCGGCGUGAUGAUACCCUUUGAUUUUGUCAGCUCAUUCAGCAACCGAUGGUCACUUGGAUUUGCGUUCGGAGUUACUGCAGAUAAAGUGAUGUACCUGUUUAUUAACAACAGCAUCCCAGAGGGACUUCCUGCCUGGGCUAAGGUGUUCUGGGUUCUCCUCAUCGCCAUGGAAGUGGGCAUUUCCUCGUACCCUUUCUUUGCCUGCCUUUCAACAAGUUACGUGAUUACGGGAGCCACGCUAGGAUUUCUUUACACGGCGGCCUGGUUGAUGCUUACGGUGUUAGAUAUUUUAGACUGUCCUGAUGAAGAAUUUGUGGGAGGAUACAGCAGCUUCAUUCUUCUCUGGCCUUCCCUGGUGUGCCAGCUUUUCCUGCUGGGACGAUUCGUUUUCAUUUUUGUGAAAGAAGUAAGAGUUCGAUGUGGGCUAGAACCUGUCAAUGAGGAGGCUUCAUUCAUGGAGGGACAUCAGGCGCAGUAUGUCCAGCACUUGUUGAGGAAGCCUCCAUUGGAGCCAUCUCAAAAAUCCUGGAUUCGGAGGAAUUUGUAUGAAUCGGACCCUUACUUUAAAUUCCCAAGCAGAAUAAUCAGUACAGUUGUGCUUAUCAUCGUAUGCCUUUAUAUGUUUGUUGCAGGUAUAUUUAUGAUUUUCAACACACUUUUAAAAUUUCUCAGAAGGAUAAUCUUGUACUUUGAAGGACUCGGAAUAUCAGAAGAGGAAGGGACAUAUUUCAGUAAAAUAGAAGAAUUUUGUAGUGUCACAGAAGGUGUUUGGAUUUUCGCCACUGUUGUUUCCUUUCUCACGUGCUUCAGUUAUGUGUUUCACGUCUUAGCCUGCUACAGAAAACACAUCAAAUCAUUGCGGUCAGGCAAGAAGCACUUUCUUCUGCCAGAAUCUUCUGCAGUGUCAUCUACUCAAAGUGUGGUAUCCGUUUCAAAAUACAUUUCUUGGCAAGUUGCAUACAUAAUGUGGGGGUACCUGAUCAUACAACUGGUGCAAUGGGUGAUUGGAAUGAUCGUUAUGUAUGUUUUUAUUUUGCCCAUGAAGCGCGGCGAGUGGAUGGAACUUCUCAACAAGUGGGGAACGGUCAUCCUUUCGUUUGUCAUCAUCACGGUUAUCAGGAAGCUCCAGGUUCUUGCUGCUGCUAGGUUUUGCCUGCAGCCAAAGAUUUCUCCAGAUGACAAGCAGAAGCCUUUGGCCCUUGAUAACAGGAAAGCCUUCAUGAACUUCAGCUACUUUUUAUUCUUCCACUCGGUGGUGGUGGGCCUGUUGUCUUGCCUGAUGAGACUGAUCCGCAGCAUCGUUCUAGGAGCCUGGCUGGUGGGACGGAUAGACAGGCCGGUAAUGCCAAUGGGCUUUGAAUCGUGUGAUAAGGGCUUCAGUACCUGGGUUCAAAUGCUGUACCUGGACCACUACCACACAAACCCCAUCCUUGUCUGCUUCUGCCACAUCCUUGAUAGUGCAAACAGGAAAAGAAAAUGGCAGAGAGCCACCGCGGAUGUUGCCAUAAUUCAGCCCAGGGGAACAGAGCUCGGUAAUUUCAAGACAGGUGAAUCGAGUUGGUGUGAAGAUGCCCUUUAUAUUCCAGAAUGUCUGCCAAACGCCACAUCUGGUUCUAGGGUCUCAGGCAAAGCCAGGAUAAGAUGGCUGCUGCUUUACACUCUUUUGAACAACCCCAGUCUCCAGAGAAUCAGGAAGCUAAAGCCAGGAUUUCCAUCGGAUCAGCCGUGGCACUGAUCGGCCUGACUUGUUUUGCUGCUGAAGUGGAACCAUAUAGUAAGCCCACAGAGCACAUACAAUAGCCUCCCUGGAGUCAACAAAUAGUGACUGGCUAUGAACUGUGGAGAUGUUGGCCCUGAUGCUAUGAGGUGUGCAUGACGUAAAGAUGGCUAAGUUAUAUUUAUUGCAGGCUACUUGCUGACGUCUUCAUAUUGUUUUCUAAAUUGACGUCUGUUGUAUUUCGAGCAUUUUAUAAGCCAUGAAACUCCCCUCCCCAGACAUUUUGCUGUCUGGCUGCUGGAAUUGCUAACAAAUUGUGUACAAGCCAUUGCCUUUGGGUAGAUCUGGAUGGUCUCCGAAAUUCACA